AUGCCUAAUGUUGAGGCUAGGGAGGCACCAGCUUCACCGGUGACUGAGUCGGGAUCAUUCGAUCGAGCGGUUGGGGAUGAUGCACUAUCCCGAGCUAUGGUCCGUAUUCUGGAAAGGGUUACAGGGACCACUAAAAGGAGCAGUCUCUUUAAUCUGAGAGAUGAGGCGUACCAGUGGUGGCUUACUGUGAGAGAAGGUACUCAGGCCGAUAGGUUAACGUGGGAUUUCUUUAAGUCAGCUUGUCAAGGAAAGUAUGUGGGCGCAAGUUAUGUGGACGCCCGAAGAAAGGAAUUUUUGAGUUUGAUCCAAGGGAAUAAAACUGUGGCUGAGUAUGAGGCAGAGUUCCUACGACUGAGUCACUAUGCUCGUCGGAUAGUGGCGAAUGAAUAUGAACGUUGUGUGCGAUUUGAGGACAGCCUCUGGGAUGAGUUACGAAUCUUGAUAGCUCCACAGAGGGAGCGAGAUUUUGCUACACUGGUUGAAAAGGCAAAAAUCACUGAGGAUGUGAAGUGCUCUGAGCGCCAGAACCGUGAGAAAGAUAGGGGCAGGUUUAAGAAGGAUUUAGAGCCCUCAAGUUCUUCUAGAAGGCCUAAAAACAAAGCUAGGUUUGAUGGGCCAGUCCGAGCUGGGGUUUCUAUUGUAAAAGCUCAGCCUUGUGCUGAUUGUUGGAGACAUCAUCUGGGUGAGUGUUGGAAGAAGAUUGGGGCAUGUUUCAAAUGUGGGUCUAAGGAGCAUCAAGUUAAGGAUUGUCCUCAAAGGCUUACUCAGAUGCAAGCUACAGGUCAGGGUUUUGCUCAGCCAGUAAGAGGUAGUCAGCAGCCACCGAGAGGCUGUGGGCAGGUUAGAGGUGGUAAUGGUGUGAGACGAGGUUGUGGAAUGUUUGGCAGAGGUGUUGGUAAUAAUGAGGCAAGACAGCCAGCACUUGUCUAUGCUACUCAUCGCCGAGAGGAUGGUGACGCUCCAGAUGUUAUAAUCGAUACGUUCCUAAUUCAUAAUGUACCUUUCACUACUUUAAUUGACAUAGGGUCUACACAUUCAUACAUUGCAUGCACUGUGUCUGGCACCUUGGGUAUCAUGCGUGAGAGUACUAUUACUAAGAUGAUUGUGUUAAGUCCACUAGGAAAAUCAGUAAGGGUAGACAAGUUGUUCACAGAUGUACCCUUAGAGGUUCAAGGAGUUAUAUUUCUAGAGGAUUUAAUGGAGCUACCGUUUGGUGAAUUGGACCUAAUACUGGGGAUGGAUUGA